AUGGCUGCGGGGAAGGAGCCUCACAGCAACAAUAACAACAACAGACAGGAUAGAAGAGGCACGGUGUGCAACAUGGUUGUCAGCGAGGAGGCUGCGUCUUCUGGCCAGCCAGUGAUCUUCAACCCGGACUUCUUUGUGGAGAGGUUGAGACACGACCAUCCCCAGGUCUUCUCAGAUCUGGUGCUCAGCAACAUUACACGGCUCAUAGACCUCCCAGGGGAUGAGUUUGCCCAGCUCAGAGGGGAAGUUGAGCCUAGGCUUCCCUCUCCCUCUGGCUUUCUACGCUCCUUCAACUACCUCCAACGGAAAGAAAAAGGAGUGUUUGGUGCACCGCUGACUGAAGAGGGAAUAGCACAAAUAUAUCAGCUCAUUGAGUACCUGAGUAAAAACCUCCAUGUGGAGGGAUUGUUCAGGGUGCCUGGCCACAGCCUGAGGCAGGCAGCCCUGAGGGAGAUGCUGAAUGCUGGGGCAGAGAUAGAUUUGGAGACUGGUGACUUCCAUCCUAAUGAUGUUGCCACACUUCUCAAAACCUACUUGGGAGAACUGCCCGAGCCUCUGCUCACACAUAGACACUACAAUGCUCAUCUUAAGAUCGGAGAGCUGACUAAAUUUGAUGACCAGGGAAACAAAACAGAUGUGCCUGACAAGGAACGACAGAUUGAAGCAUUCCAGCUGCUUUUUAUGCUGCUCCCCGCUGCCAACCGCAGCCUGCUGAAACUCAUGUUGGACCUGCUAUACCACACCGCUCGCAAUCAGCACACCAACAAGAUGUCUGCCAUCAAUCUAGCCACCAUGUUUGCCCCGCACAUCAUCUGGCCCAAAAAUGUUACAGCCAGCGAUCUAUGUGAAACCAUCAAGAAGCUGAACAAUGGCAUAGCUUUCCUUAUCAGACACUCGCAGAAACUAUUCAGGGCGCCUGCUUAUAUCAAAGAAUUUGCCCGGUCACACUAUACAGGGUCAAAAUCCCUUCAGUCAAAGGAUGACCUGGCUCUGUGUGGUGGGGCUGGUGAUGCAGUAGGUGGUGAGCCUUCACUCUCUCACGGCACAGCGGGAGCUGGGCUACCUCCGAGUCACAGCUAUACUGAGGCUGCCCUCAGAGAGCUCUACCAGCAGGUUAGCAGCAUGCCCGAAUCUGCUAAAAAGAAGAAACUCAUCAGACAGUUUGAAAAGAAUGUCCCAGGGACACCCACACCUGACCCUCAGGUGCCAUUCAACAGGAAACACUGGCAUUCACUGUCUUUAGGUGGAAUUAUUAAGAGGAGGGUGUUGGGAAGCCAGGCGUCAAAGGAGAAGGGACACAGCAGAAUGCUGAGACUUGCGCCAGCAGAGGAGCAAGAAAAGGAAAAUGUCAGCUUUGGUGGAGUGAGCUUCGUCUUCGCCCAAACGGAUGUGCCUGUCACCAACACGGGAGACCUCGGUCUAGUUGCUGAGGUCAAGGGCGUUGGAUAA